AGCGAUCAUGUCAAGCCAUUUGAUAUGGAAUGGAUGCCUGCUAAGCGGACGAUACUUGCGCUUCUUCGUUGUCAGGUUGUUUUCCUUGGUCGUAUUGAAGAAGUUUCACAUAAUGAAUGGCAAGAAUUGUUCGUUAUAAUUCAUCGAAUAUGUACUUGGGUAGUUGAGGGAAGUCGUUUAGCAACUGUAAAUUUGUUUUCAGAAAUAAAUCAACAUGUUUCGGCUGUUUAUCGACAACUGCAGUGUCAUGAAGAUGAUAAAAAGUUGCUAAAGGCAUAUAGCGAAGAAUGGUCGAAAUAUUACUUACAGACAGAAAUUUUGCCAAAACCAUUCUGCUAUAUAAGCUCUGGAUAUAUUAAUUUGCCAAUAGAUACUGUUAUAAAUCCAGCUUGCCCUGUUAAAAGAGCUACGGACGAGGUUGCUUCGGUAAGCGUGUCCUUCAUCAGCUAUCGAAUGCUACAUUACUGGAAUAAAAUAGUUUUUGAACGCAUGAGAGCUAGGCUUUCUUCAGCUAGUAUGCGUUUAAUUGAGUCUGAACGAAAUGGUACAGAAUAUUCCCCUGAUUUGAUAAUUGCUAUUCGUCACUCUUAUAUUUCUUUAAAUUCCAAUGAUAUAUCUGUCUAUCAACUAGAAUUUGAAAAAGCAUAUAUCGAAUGCGCUGAAAAAUAUUAUAAGUCGAAUGCUCCAGAGGUUUUAGAAACAAAUGGUGUAAAAAAUUAUAUGACGUAUGCUGAUAGUAGGCUGUUAGAAGAAGAAGAACGUGGUCAUCGGUAUCUUGAUCCUGGAGCUCAUUCCGUCGAUAAGUUACUGGAACGGCUUGUUCAAGUAAUCGUGGAGCAGUUUGAAGAUCAAAUUCUGGGCGAGUGUAACUCGUUGUUAAAAUCUAAUCAUAUGGACAUGCUAAAAAAAAUGUAUCGUUUAAUCAAUCGCACUUCAUCCGGAAUACCAAAAAUUUUGGGAUGUUUGGACCAAUAUAUCCGUAUCGAAGCUUUCGAGGAGAUGAAAGCUAACGUGGAUACAAUAACAACUGACCCCGAGAAAUACGUUGAACAACUUCUUUUGAUGUUUGAGCGUUUCACAGAUUUAAUUUCUGUUGCCUUUUAUGAUGAUCCACGAUUUUUAACGACAAGGGAUCAGGCAUUUCAAGACGUGGUCAGCGAUACGAGAAUUUUCAAAAUCGAACUCUGCAGUUCAAAGUUGAAGGCUAUUGCUUCGGGAAAUGACUUCAAGCAUCCACUUUUCAGUGGAACACGUGUCCAAGUUGAAUCGAAAUGCCCUGAAUUACUCGCCAAUUUCUGUGAUCUAAUUUUAAGAAAGACAGCUGUGUCGAAAAGGCUUAAUUCUGAUGAAGUUGACACCAAAUUAAAUCAAGUCCUUUUGGUUUUAAAAUAUGUUGCAAACAAGGAUGUAUUUAUGCGUUUCUACAAAGCUCAUUUAACGAGAAGACUUAUCCUCGAAAUCAGUGUGGAUCAAGAAAAGGAGGAGCAGGUGGUCACCAGGUAUUUUUUGAAUUUUCGGGUUUUGGCGAAAAUUUCUCUGUUUUAUAUUAGAAAACUUCAGUUUGCUAAUUGUUAG